AUGACUUCCGAAGGAUUGCAAAACGGCCAUGCCGCUUUCGAGACCCCAGCCAACCGAGUGGCUAAUGGUGAGAUACCAGAGAAUUGGGUCGCUUGCGCGGAACACCCUGUCUACGCACGACGUAAGCUCCGGAUGGUCUGUAUUGGAGCAGGUUACUCUGGCUUGACGUUAGCACACAAGAUUCACCAUGAGCUAAAGCUCAAUAAUGUGAUGGAGCUGGUAAUAUAUGAAAAGAACUCCCAGGUGGGCGGAACUUGGUUUGAGAACACGUACCCAGGAGUGGCCUGUGAUAUCCCCGCUCACGCGUAUACGUUCCUGUUCGAACCCAAUCCUAACUGGUCGCAAUUUUACGCCUCCGGAUCAGAGAUCCACCAGUACAUCCAGCACACCGUGACAAAGUGGAAUCUUGAUAAGGAUAUACAAUUCAAUUCUCACGUUAAAGAGACAGUCUGGGAUGAAGAGCUAGGAAAAUGGAAAAUUCAAGUUGAUCAAGCUGGAACGCUCAAACAUGAUGAGGCCGAUAUCCUGGUGAACGCUACCGGGUUUCUUAGUAAAACUAACUGGCCGGUGAUCGAUGGUCUGUCUGAUUUCAAGGGAAAAUUGGUCCACACCUCCAAAUGGGACCACGAAUAUGACUGGGCCAACAAACGAGUCGCGGUUAUUGGAAAUGGCUCCUCGGGUAUUCAGUGUGUAGCGGCCAUGCAGCCCAAGGUCAAGCAACUUGUUAAUUUUGUUCGCAAUCCAACCUGGGUAUCAGUCAACUUUUGCGCCGAGAAAACCCACGACGGAAGCAAUUUUAAGUACACGGAGGAGCAAAAAAAGGAAUUCGCCGAAAAUGCUGAAGCUCACUUUAAUGUGAACGGGUUUUUCUACGGCAUGUACAAGGACCACCCAUUUCAACUAGGCUUGACGGCGGCUUGCAAGCAACAGAUGGCGGAGCGUAUGAAAGGAAUUGGAAAUUCUGAUGUGGUAUCUAAAAUGCUUUCUCUUGAUUUCAACCCUGGUUGUCGUCGCCUCACUCCGGGAGAUGGAUAUUUGGAGGCGUUCGCCAAUUCAAACGCUGUCUUGACAUUUGAUCCUAUUGAACGAAUCACAGAACAUGGAAUCAUGACCAAAGAUGGCAAUGAGCAACAGUUUGACAUGAUUGUUUGUGCCACCGGAUUUGACACAACGUUCAUUCCCUCCUGGAAAUUGAUCGGUCGCAAUGGCGCGAUCCUAGAUGAGCGCUGGAAGACAAACCCAGAGGCAUUCUUUACUGUCCACGUAGACACUAUGCCCAAUUACUUCAUCUUCAACGGGCCCAACUGUCCAAUCUCCCAUGGCUCAGUCCUGACAGAGAUCUCAUGGACGUGUGAUUACAUCUUGAGAUGGGCCAAGAAGAUUGCUACAGAGGAUAUCAAGUCAAUCGAUGUCAAACGCGAGGCUGUCGAUGACUACAAUGUCUAUGCCCAGGAGUUUUUAAAGCGAAUGGUGUGGUCCGACGGUUGUCGGAGCUGGUAUAAGAACGGCAAGGGGUCUGGGCAUGUCACUGGCGUGUAUCCGGGAUCCAUCCUUCACUACAAGGAUUGCCUCGACAACAUUGGUGGCGAGCAUUUCAAUAUCCAGUAUCGUUCCAAGAACCGAUUCCAUUUCCUUGGAAAUGGAGAAAGUGUCCAUGAUAAGCAUGGAGCAGGUGACUUGGCAUACUACAUGGACGAUCUGAAAAUCUCUGCUCCCCAGAAAUGA